AUGGAAGAAGCCAGCCUGUGCCUUGGAGUGUCCGCCGCCGCGGCCGACGCGGAGCCCCGCCGGAGCGGCCCUGUCCUCAACGGGCAGUAUGCCAUGAGCCAGAAGCUGCACCACAUCACCUCGCAGCUGGGCCAGGCCUUCCCGGAGCUGCACCCGCGGCCCGGCCCCGAGGACAAGCCCGCGCCCCUGGAGGACCAGGCCCACGUGGCCCUGAGCGGCGGCCCGGCCCUGGGCAGUCCGAUGGCGCUGCUGGCCAGCCCGCUGGGCCGCGACCUGGACACCAGCCUCAACGGGCGCGUGGACCUGCAGCAGUUCCUCAACGGGCAGAACCUGGGCAUCAUGUCGCAGAUGAGCGACAUCGAGGACGACGCGCGCAAGAACCGCAAGUACCCGUGCCCGCUGUGCGGCAAGCGCUUCCGCUUCAACAGCAUCCUCUCGCUGCACAUGCGCACGCACACGGGCGAGAAGCCCUUCAAGUGCCCCUACUGCGACCACCGCGCGGCGCAGAAGGGCAACCUCAAGAUCCACCUGCGCACCCACAAGCUGGGCAACCUGGGCAAGGGGCGCGGGCGCGUGCGCGAGGAGAACCGCUUGCUGCACGAGCUGGAGGAGCGCGCCAUCCUGCGCGACAAGCAGCUGCGGAGCAGCCUGAUGCCCCCGCGCCCAGACCUCAAGCCCCCGCCGCACGCGCAUGCGCACGCGCAGCCCGCCCAGCCCGCUGUCCCCGGCCACCUGGCGCCCCCUGCCGCCUCCGCCCCAGGUGCGCCCGACGCCGCCCGCCCCGCGCCCUCGCCCAAGCCCGCCAUUGGCGGCAGCAGCGCGCAGGAAGAGGCGGUGGCCCCGGCGGCUGGCUUCCGCUGCACCUUCUGCAAGGGCAAGUUCAAGAAGCGCGAGGAGCUGGACCGCCACAUCCGCAUCCUGCACAAGCCCUACAAGUGCACGCUGUGCGACUUCGCCGCCUCGCAGGAGGAGGAGCUCAUCAGCCACGUGGAGAAGGCGCACAUCACGGCCGAGUCGGCGCAGGGCCAGGGCCCCGGGGGCGGCGGCGAGCAGGCGGCGCACGAGUUCCGCUGCGAGGUGUGCGGGCAGGUGUUCAGCCAGGCGUGGUUCCUCAAGGGCCACAUGCGCAAGCACAAGGACUCCUUCGAGCACUGCUGCCAGAUCUGCGGCCGGCGCUUCAAGGAGCCCUGGUUCCUCAAGAACCACAUGAAGGUGCACCUCAACAAGCUGUCGGCCAAGGCCAAGGCCCCCGGCGACGCCGACGCGCCCGCGCCCCUGGGCGGCCUGGCGCAGGAGGCCCACGCCAACCUCUACUCCCGCUACCUGUCCUGCCUGCAGGGCGGCUUCCUGGCCCCGGACAAAGCCGGCCUGAGCGAGCCGGGCGGCCAGCUCUACAAGGGGGAGCUGCCCCUGAAGGAGAAGGACGUCUUGGGCAAGCUGCUCGCGCCCAUCGCCAGCGGGGCGCACGGGGGCGCCCCCGAGGGGGACAAGCACGCGCUCCUGGGCUGCCUCAGCCUGGUGCCGCCGCUCAAGUCCAGCUGCAUCGAGCGGCUGCAGGCGGCGGCCAAGGCGGCCGAGAUGGACCCGGUGCACAGCUAUCAAGCCUGGCAGCUCAUGGCCCGGGGCGUGGCGGCGGACCGCGGCUUCCUGCCCAAGGAGCACCCGCUGCCGCGCGGCCCGGAGGAGGCGCUGGUGCCCGCGGGCGUCCUGUUCGACAAGGAGAAGCGGGAGUACGUGCUGGUGGGGGCAGACGGCUCCCGGCAGAAAAUGCCCGCGGACCUGCUUCCCGGCUCCAAGGCGGCCGGCCAGAGGGACCUGCCGGCCAAGCUGGACCCCCUGGAAGGCACUCGGGAGUUCCUGUCCCACGGGCUCAGCCAGGCGCUGGACUACAACCUGCAGGGCCCCGGGGGCCUGAAGGAGAAGCCCACCGAGUGCCCCGACUGCGGCCGCGUGUUCCGCACCUACCACCAGGUGGUCGUGCACUCGCGUGUGCACAAGCGGGACCGCAAGGCCGAGGAGGACGGGCCCCACGUGGGCCUGGAGGAGCGGCGGGGCUCGGGCAGCGACCAGGAGUCCCAGUCGGUGAGCCGCUCCACCACGCCCGGCUCCUCCAACGUCACCGAGGAGAGCGGGGUCGGCGGGGGGCUCUCCCAGACCGGCAGUGCCCAGGAGGACAGCCCGCACCCCUCCUCGCCAUCCUCCUCAGACCUCGGCGAGGAGGCGGGGAGAGCGGCCGGCGUGCAGCCGCCCGCGCUGCUGCGGGACCGGAGCCUGGGCUCGGCCAUGAAGGACUGUCCGUACUGCGGGAAGACCUUCCGCACGUCACACCACCUGAAGGUGCACCUGAGGAUACACACAGGUGAGAAGCCCUACAAGUGUCCGCACUGUGACUACGCCGGCACGCAGUCCGCCUCCUUGAAGUACCACUUGGAGCGGCAUCACCGGGAGCGACAGAACGGGGCGGGGCCCCUGUCCGGCCAGCCGGCGAGCCAAGACCCCCGGGACGAGCCGUCGGGCAAAGCCGCGCUGUUCCUCAGGCCCGACAUCCUGAGGGGCGCCUUCAAGGGCCUCCCCGGGAUGGACUUCCGAGGGGGGCCCGCCACCCAGCCGUGGCCGGCCGGAGCGCUCUCGUCGGGGGACCACCCCGGCCAGGCCGGCGGCGUGUCUUCCUCGGAGCCUCCGUCAGACGCCCUGAGAGGCACCGACCUUCCCUCCAAAAGCGCCCACUUCUCCGACGUCGGAAGAGCCUACCAGAGCCUCUCGGGCAACGGCGUGAGCUUCCAGGGGUCCCUGCAGGCGUUCAUGGACAGCUUCGCCCUCGGCUCCCUGCGGAAGGAGAAGGGCGCCAAGGACAAGGCCCCGCCGGACCCUCCCUCCGCCAGAGCCCACGGGGCGGACGGCGGCGGCGAGGACAGAGGGGGCGGGAAGGCGCCCCCGAGGAAGUCAGAGAAGUCGCAGUAUGAGCCUCUGGACCUGUCGGUGAGGCCCGACGCCCCCGCCCUGCCCGGCUCCCGGGUGACGGUGCGGGACAGCGUGGCGUGGCACGGCUGCUUGUUCUGCACGUUCACCACGUCCUCCGUGGAGCUCAUGGCCCUCCACCUGCAGGCCAACCACCUGGGCAGAGCGAAGCGCAGGGACCCCGCCGCAGGGGUGGCCGUCCACGGCAAGGAGCAGGUGCGGGAGGCCAGCAAGGAGAUAGCACUGGCCACCCUGAUGGGGCCUCUGGACUCUGCUUCUGAGAAGGUGGCCCCAGGACAGGCCAUGGAGACUCUGGGGGAGCCGAAGAGUGGCCCGUGGCCCGGCCAUGUGGACCCCGCGUUCUGUAACUUCCCGUCAGACUUCUACAAGCAGUUCGGCGUGUACCCCGGUGCGGUGAGCUCGGGAGCCCCCAGUUCCUGCCCCAACAAGGGGCCCGAGGGCAAGGCCCCCCCGGAAGACGAUGCCCCGAUCGUGAUCCCCGACACUGCGGACAAGAACACGGCUGACGGCCUGUCCGACGGCACCUCCUCCGAGGACAUGGACUCCACCAAGGGGGACGACGAGGACGAGGAGGUCGACACGGAGCCCGAGGUGGCAAGGAAGCCGCCCGCGGCCCUCAGCAAGGACAGCGACGGCGGGGACAGCCUGCUGCCCACGGGCGCCCCGCAGCCCGUCCAGGGACUGGCAUCACCCCUGUCCCAGGCGUCGGAGAAGGCGUGGCACAGCCCGGGCCUCCUCCCGGCCCAGGACCCCGCCGCGGGCCUGGCCCGGCCGGAGCGCGGGCCCCCCGGCCUGGAGAAGCCGAUGAACAUGCUGUCGGUCCUCAGGGCCUACAGCGCGGAGGGCCUGGCCGCCUUCAACGGACUUGCCGGGGGCGCGGCCGGCUCAGGAUGCGUCAAGAGGCCGGACGUGUGUGGUCACCGGCCCUUCCAGUGCCGCUACUGCCCCUACAGCGCCUCCCAGAAGGGGAACCUGAAGACCCACGUGCUCUGCGUGCAUCGCAUGCCUUUCGACAACAGCCAGUACCCCGACCGCAGGUUCAAGCGCUCCCGGGUUGACUCGGAGGCGGCGGGCGUGGAGGAGGCGGCUGCGGGGGCCGCGGAGCUGGCGGAGGAGGGCGGCCAGGCCCCCGAGGAGCCGGCCCCGGGCGGCCACCUGGCCCAGGCCUAG